CGCAUUUUGCACUGAGAAAGCAGUUUGUGCACGUUGCACUCAGCCACCCUGAUUGUUUGUGACCGCUGCACAACACAGCAUUUCUCGUCUCUGGAGUCUGUGUUCACGACAAAUGCGGAGGAAUGAGGUUGGCACAGCGCCCACUGCAGUCUGCACAUCACACUCCUAAAAUCACGCCUCGCUGGCUUCCCCUCUAAUUGGUUCCCACACAAGCAGCCGUGGAGAGUUCACCUGAUUUAAUUGGACUACCGCGACAAGUUGCUCAAGUGACGUCGGUGCAGCCGGUUGACUGCUUCCAAUUGUCACCGGAGGGAACAUCUGAGGAUUUUUCGCGCGAUCCUAAUUGAGCGCCGAGAAAAAAAACACAGAGACUGCAGCAGGAGCAGCAGCCACCGACGGACGAAGCUGCCAAGCAGGCCGAGAAGACAAGUGAGCCACGGAGCACAGGCAUCCGCAGCCCCGUGGAUGCAUGCAGGACAGGAGGGAUCAGAGCUCCCCGGCAUGGACCACAGAUACCAACCAGAGAUAGAAUGUCAAUAACGCCUGAUCUUACGCUUGGUUUUUGAGCUCCUAGUUGACCAGAAAAGCAGGGACACUGACUUUUUACGCGUGGAUAUAAACUCUGGAAUAAGCUGUUUUCCUCUCCAGUUAAGUGGCAAGCGGUGCGCCCCUGCGUUUGGAUCCAAUGGGUUGUACGGUGAGCGCCGAGGAUAAAGCUGCCGCGGAGAGAUCAAAGAUGAUUGACAAAAACCUCCGAGAGGACGGAGAGAAGGCAGCCAGAGAAGUGAAAUUGCUUUUAUUAGGUGCUGGGGAGUCUGGGAAGAGCACCAUUGUAAAGCAGAUGAAGAUCAUCCAUGAAGAUGGCUACUCGGAAGAUGAGUGUAAGCAGUACCGAGCUGUGGUUUAUAGUAAUACCAUCCAGUCUAUUAUGGCCAUUGUGAAAGCCAUGGCCAGUCUCAAGAUAGACUACUGCAGCCCUGCCAGAGCGGAUGACGCCCAGCAGCUCUUCGCUCUGUCUGCAGCUGCCGAGGAACAGGGCAUCCUUCCUGAUGACUUGGCCAACGUGAUCAGGCGAUUGUGGGCUGACAGCGGCAUACAGAGUUGCUUUGCAAGGUCACGAGAAUACCAGCUCAACGACUCUGCAGCAUAUUAUCUGAAUGACCUGGAGAGGAUAGCUAAAGCAGAUUACAUCCCCACCCAGCAGGACGUGCUACGAACUCGUGUGAAGACUACCGGCAUUGUUGAGACUCACUUCACUUUCAAGGAACUGCACUUCAAAAUGUUUGAUGUGGGAGGCCAACGCUCAGAGAGAAAGAAGUGGAUUCACUGUUUUGAGGGAGUAACAGCCAUUAUCUUUUGUGUUGCACUGAGUGCUUAUGACCUGGUGCUGGCUGAGGAUGAGGAGAUGAACCGAAUGCAUGAGAGCAUGAAGCUUUUUGACUCCAUCUGCAACAACAAAUGGUUCACUGAAACCUCCAUCAUCCUCUUCCUCAACAAGAAGGAUCUCUUUGAGGAGAAGAUCACUCGCAGCCCUCUCACCAUCUGCUUUCCUGAGUACACAGGAGCCAAUAAGUUUGAUGAAGCUGCCAGUUAUAUCCAGACCAAGUUUGAGGACCUUAACAAGAAAAAGGACACCAAGGAGAUCUACACCCACUUCACCUGUGCCACUGACACCAAGAACGUGCAGUUUGUCUUUGACGCCGUCACUGACGUUAUAAUAAAGAACAAUCUGAAAGACUGUGGUCUUUUCUAAAGGACAAUGCCUGACGCACACAGACUGCAUGAGAGACUGCAAUAGCCAUGUGACGAUUACUGCUUUUCAUAAUGAAAACCAUAACGGACUUGAUUCCUAGAGGGGGAACCUGAAGAACUUCAACAAUCGCUGAUUUGCAACCAUUGCAUUCUCUGUUUAAUCUGUUACUGUUAUUUUUAUAUAUAUAUUUCUAACUGCUCGUUAUCAGGGGUUCUUAUACUAUUCAUACUGAUUACCUGCAAACACAUAUUUAACCGAGGACCCACUGAUUCUUCACAAUCAGUCAACUAACAACUACAGCAUUAUCCAUCCGCCUGAGAAAAUGGCUGUUUUUUAAUUAGAUUUGUAACAUAAAUUAUAUUAACCACCUGGCUUUAGGGGAAAAUAAUUGUUAAAAGAGCAACACUUGGAGUAAGAAAAGCCCAUUAUCUCAUCAAAAUAACAAAUUGAAAUACCAAAAUUGAAGUAUUUUUCAUUCUUAAUAGAUCUUCAUGGACUAGUCUGAGAACCGCUUGUUUAAAUGGUAUUUAUUUGAUUUGUCCAGUCUUUUUUUUGUAUUCAGAUCUCCUUUUGAGUUUUGUAGGUUUUCAUUUUACUUGCUUUUUUGCUUUUGAAGUUUAAUAAGAGGAUACAGUAGACUAAUAAAACAACUUUUUAUAAAAAUCACAUUAACUUAUGUUAACUGGCAUUUUAUGAACCUUUUGACUGCACAGAGCUUAUUUUUAGAAGAAAACAAACAAGCAUGGAGAAUGAAAAUGGAUGAAGGGAAAAUGUUUUUGUACAAUGUUUACACAGAAUCAAUAUUCACACUUGUACUAUAGUGCAUUGUUCUGCAUGACUGUCCAUAGAUUAGCCUGUAUCCCUCCCACAAACUGAAUAACAUUCCUGAAGUAACUUCUUUAAAGAAACAAAACUGAAAUUAUGUGUCACUUUUAAGAUAUCUGCAAGAUUUUUAAGUGGUUAUGUCUAUUCCUAACAUGGAUUGUUCUGUACUAUCUGUCUCAUUCCAAGUCUUUUUACAUAUGUUUGUGCCUUGAUAUCUGUUUACACUUGUUCUUUAGAGACAUGCUUUCUUCAUAGUGUGAAUUAGGGCUAUUUCUACUCCACUUCUGUUCACAUAAUCCAUGAUUGAAAAUGCACCACAACACCAAGACAAAUGGAUGAUAGUUGUUCAUUAAUAUUAAGAGGAAAGUCAUUCACUUGAUAAAUGUAAAUAAAAGUUUGGUCACAUGA